UUUAGAAAGUGCUAGUGCUUUUUUACUUCGCUUGUCUAUUUCACCUACACUUUUCACUGCUCCCACCUACCCUUUCCUACACAUUACCACAUCCCGCACGGCCCUGUUGUCAUUAGGCCCAUACCUUCGAUUUUCUAAAAUGCUUCGUCACGUGACUAAGCACGAAUACCCACCAGAUGGUGGUACUUAUUAUUUAAGACAAAAUAAAAUGGCAGUGAAAAAAGAA